AUGGCAACCAUCCAACCGUCUCGACCUGACCUGACGCUCUCCAUAGCGCCAGUGGCCUUCCCUGAGAGCCUCCUGAAGGAGCUAUCUGCCUCCGUGAGAGGCCCAGUGUUGCGUCCCACAGACUCAGAGUACACCGAACGUGCCAAGACGUUCAACGGCAAGCUCAAGCCUACGUGUCGCGUUCUGGUUUCCCCGUUGGACGCGCACGAAGUCAGUGCAGUCGUUCAAUUCUGCCGUAAGCAUGACAUCUCGCCGUCUGUGAGGGCAGGAGGGUACGGGAUCGCGGGUUGGGCGGUCGCGGGAGACCUGAUCAUCGACAUGAGCAUGAUCCGGGACAUCGACAUCGAGCCGCCCGUGCCAGCUGGAGAGGACGACGGUUCCUCCAAAGAUUGGACGCCUAUUGGCAGCAAAGGAAAGGGCCGAGCACCCCUCCUGCAGGCCGCCUCUACCUCUGCAGAGGAUGGACGGUUGAUCGUCGAUGGCACUCAAACCAACGCAUCAACCGCUUCAAGGAAGCGGCGUCGGGACGACCGCUCACCCUCGCCAGGAGUCGACGAGAUUGGCUCUAAGACUGGCCACGGACAAUUCGAUGGCGCGUCGCAUGCCGUGGCAUCCUUCCUCCGUGGACCUCCUCUGCUCCCUAUCCCCGGAGACACUCCUCGCGGGCCUCCCGUCAAUCGUCAGCGCUUGCAUUCACCAGUUCCCCCAUCCCAACAGGACGCCGAACAUCCGAUGAGCGAGGCUCCUCACGUAUCAGAGCCAGACCGGCCUCGAGGUAGAAGUCUGCUGCAGCCCGUCCCCCCGCCCCUGACCGAGGAUACGCGCCAGAAAUCGGGGGACUCGACGACCUCGACGGACAGCGUCUCUCACUUCUCCGCGUCCACUGGCGUCUCUCAUUCGUCAGACGCGACGUCGCUUCCUAGCCCCGUGGACGGCGAUUCGAGUGUGAAUAGCACAGACGACGCCAGCGGCCGCGUUGCCAUCCGCUCAACGAAUGCUACGGACGUAUUUGACUACCUCUCGUCCAACCGUGCGCCACCGAUGUUUGGUCACACAGUAGGUGUUGACGGCGUGUCGACAGGGGUGUCCGCGAUGGGCCCGUUCUCCAUGAGUCGAUUCGUGAUGCCGCCGAACCCUGGCAGUGGUGGCGUUGCGGCGUUCAACCCGAUGCUGGGGUUCAGCAUGUCCCUUCCUGCGUCAACGCAGUACUCCCUCCAGUCUGGAAUGCCAAUGGUCUCUUCUGGACAGUCUAUGCCAGCGUUCGGUUCCGCUUCCUCGUCAAUGCCUACGCCCGUCGCUAUGCCUGGUGGUCCGUUCGCGUCCACCCCAGGAACGCUCGGCCUGUCGCACGCGCACGCGCAGGCGGGCCAGGACGGAGAGAGUGGCAAUAACGUGCAGGAGCAUGCACGCCAUCUGGGCAAUACGUAUCAUUCGAAGCCCAUAUUCCCGCACACCUAUGUCACAUUUGGCGCAGGGAUGCGCCAGAAGGAGGUAGACCUGUACACGGCUGACCAUCCGUUCGAGGGCAUGAACCCGGUCACUAACGAGCGCGAGGAGGGCGUCGUGCCGUACCAUGUACCAAUGUCUGCACAUCCGGUCGGGUCUUCGAUCAUGCUGCUGGGCGGGUUCGGGUUCAUCAGCCGGAUGUAUGGCCUCAGCGUGGACAAUCUCGUCGAGGUAGAAAUGGUGCUUGCAGACGGGCGGAUCGUGAUCGUCAACGCAGAGAGCGAUCCUGACCUUUGGUGGGCCAUCCGUGGAGCAGGUUCAGCCUUCGGUAUCGCUACGCGGUAUAAAGUCAGGGCUUUCCCCGUUCCAGUCGUCUUUGCCGGCAACUUGAUCUACCGCUUCCGCCGCGCGACCGCCCCAUCGCUGAUCAAGCACUUCCGGGACUGUAUCAAGGGAUGCCCGCGCGAGCUGUACGCGAACGUGCUCCUCACGGCCGGACCGGCGAACAAAGAUUCGCUCGUGGUGAUCCAGAUGUGCUACGUCGGUCCCAAGGCGAAGGGCAUGGAGUACCUGCAGGCGAUCUCGAGCUGGGACGGGGAACGGUGCCUGCUCAACGAGGUGAACGAGAAGAGCUUCUUGAACCAGCAGGAUAGUGUCGCGCAGGUGUUGCGAGGCCAAGCGGGACGGCAGUGGUUCCUCCGCUCCACUCUUGUUAGCACCCUCUCAGACGAAGUCAUCAAUCAGACCGUGCUCGCGUUCGCAGGCACGCCUGUCGGAUGCACUUGGAUCUUUGAGCUUGCGGGCGGCGCGAUCGGAGACUUCGAAGACACUUGCCUGCCGAAGGAGCAACGAGAGGCGACUUGGACGGUCGCUGCGCUCCACCAGUGGGACAUGGGAAUAGACGAUCCGCGCUGCAUCACUACUGCAGAAGACUGGAUGAAGACUACCAUCUCUCCGGUGUCCACUGGGGGUCCACUUCCCACUUUCCUUGGCCGGCACGAAACUCUGGCUCGCACGAAACAAUGUUUCGGUAAGAACUGGGACCGGUUGGUGGAGCUCAAGAAGAAGUACGACCCAGACUGCUUCUUCAAGAACAGCUUCUGGCCAUUGGACAAGGGCGGACAACCAAUCGAGCCGUUGACUAACGAACCGCCGUCUCCUUGA